UAUAUACUUUUAUUCUACAGAUCAGGUUAUAUACUAGCUGCAUUUUUUGUGUUUGGACAAUGUCUUGGAUUGCAGAUUUGGCUGGAAAAGCAGAAUCUCUGCUGAACAAUAUCGAUCAAACAGCAGCUGGUGCCAUCAAUGCAAAUGAUACACUAUCAGCAUUGAAGCCAUCUCCUUCCCCAAAACCAAGUAGAAGAAAACCUGAAUCACCGAUAAGUUACAGACACUCUAUUGCUCAAAUUGAUUACACAGAGCAGUCACCUAUCUCUGUACCAGGGGAGAUAAAAGCAAGCAGAAAACCAUCCUUUACAAAACUUGAAUCUGUCAAAGAAAAAACAAAACCGAGUGUUAAUAAAAAAGAUACUGAUGCUGCAUUGUUUGAUUUCUUAAAUAGUAAUGAAAAGUCUUCCCCUCGCUCCACAAGAUCGAAAACGACAAAAAGUGGAGUUCAAAAAAGUACUAGUUCCACUAGUUUGGCGUCUUCCACUGGACAAAUUGAAAAACCAAAACGACAAGAAAGCAAAAUAGAUGUAACUUCUCAAAAAGCUGAGGAAGCUCAAAUAUUACAAGCUCCUCAAUUAGCAGCUUUUCACAUUUCACGUAGUUCUAGUAUUGAUUCUGUCAAUUCAAAAGGUGCUGUGAAUAAAUCGACAAAUGAUAAUGGUUCAAGUUCCUCAGAGCCUAAUGAGGCAUUUUCCGAAGCGGAUAUGAUUUCUUAUCCCAUUGACUCGACAGCUUCCGAGAGUGAGUUUGAGUUAGUAAGCAAUGCUGCUGCGAGUAGCAAUCCAGCAUCUGAAAGAGACUCGGGAGAAGAAGCAUCUACUGAUACAGCAGACAAAAGUCUGAUUACAAGUUUAAAAAUGGAAAAUCGAAUGUUACAGAAUGAAAUAAAGGCUUUGCAUCAAGAAAUGAAAUCAUUGAGUGAAAGAAGUAUUCGCUCUAAAACAGAGACUGAGAAGCGAGCCAGUGAUUUACAGCGUAAAUACGAUGACAUGAUGGAAAAAUAUCAUGUGAAAAAUUCACAAAUGGAAGCAAUGAAUAUUGAAGUUAACGACCUGGACAAUGAAAAUAGAACAUUGAAGCAAACGAUAAAAAAUCUUCAGAAUGAGCGAGAGAGAAUAAUUGACGAUCAGACUGCAGGAUCUGGGAUGCAUGCUCAAGCUUUAGAGCAGUUGAGAUCAAGAUUAGAAGAAGCAGAAUCAGCGUUGAUUCGAGAGAGAGAUUUUAAUAGAACUUUGAAAGAAGAUUCUCUCAGAGAAAGAGAAAAACAAGAAUCGGAAAGCCGGAAACUUGCUGAAAAUCUAAGAAAAAGUGAAAGAGAAAGGCAAGCGGAGAAAAAACGUAUGGAUGAUAUGUCCAAAGAAAUAAAUCAUUUGCAAACAAGUCUGGCAUCAAACAAACAUGAGUUAUCUGAUUAUAAACAAAAAGCAUCAAGAAUAUUACAGUCCAAAGAACGAUUGAUAGCAAGUUUGAAAGGAGGCAGUGAAAUAGAUUUAAGUGCAUCAACAACAACAUCGAUAGAAUUAGAAGAAAUAAAACAAGAAAGGGAUUCUCUAAAAGAAGAUCUGAUGACUGCCAGAGCGGAACUUAUACAAAUGAGACAUGAAUUUCAGGACAUGGAAGGCCAAUACCAGCAAGAGAAUUCAGUUUUGCAAGAAGAGGUCGAAGAACUGCGUAGAAAUGUCGAUGAAGAAAUGAGAGCAAAACGAGAAGCUGAAGCAGAUGUUGGAAGAUAUGAACAGGAUUUGAGAAGAUCAAAAGAAGAAGCAACGAGAGCACGAGCUGCUGCAAAUGAACGACUUCAAGAUAAAGAUGAGGAAAUCAAAAAACUUAGAAGUCAGUUAAUGAUGAAAAGUCGAAAUGCACCUGAUGAAUCAGAAUUGGAAUCCAGGUUGCGACAACUCACAGAAACAUUGAUUCAAAAACAAACUCUUGUAGAGACAUUGGCAACGGAGAAAAGCUCAAUGGUUCUACAAUUGGAAAGAGCUGAGGGACAAAUCAAGAGACUUAGCCAAGAAAAUAGUACACAAAUACAAGCAGCAUCAAACGAUGGGGGUGAGAGUGCUGGUGUCCACAACAGACAUACUGGCGGUUCUACAAUGUUUAAUUUUUCCAAUGGAACUGAUCAUGGGGUUGUUGGUCAUGUCAGAAAAGCGGCUUCAGCAGUUGAUCGCUUCAGUGUUCGACUCGGUGUGUUUUUAAGAAGAUAUCCGAUUGCAAGGCUGUUUGUUAUUGUUUAUAUGGGUUUAUUACAUUUAUGGGUUAUGAUUGUACUUCUCACUUAUUCACCUGAAGUUCACGGACACGACUACCAAGGACAUUUAUCACAAGACGGUAAAAUUAUCGAACAUCACGCAGAACAUGGUCUACCCAAUGAUGGAUAAAAUUCAUUGUUUUUAAUUUAUAAGAAGUUACCCUGUAGCAUUUUAUAUUGACUCUUGCACUUUCUGGAUAAAUAUAGUCAGUUUGGGUUACGGUGCUGACGUAUUGGUAUUUUUUUAUGUAUGUAAACAGAGAAUACAUGCUUUAUCAUAGAUGUGAUCACAUGUAAUGCUGCUUUACAUUCCCAACUCGUAUGCAUCUGAGAUGCAUUUUAUAUGCAUAUGCUUGUAUCUAACUUUAUGAGUAAUGAUAUGCCUGGCUAUUUGCUGUGUAACUUUUGCAUAAAGGCGUAACCAUUAUUGUAAUUCUAACAAACUUUUUGUUCUGCCAUGUUUAUCCAGUCAGGUUAUCAACAGUUGAACACACAAAUUUCAAACCCUGUUUUUACAUUCUAUUACAGUAAUGACACAAUCUCUUUUACUAUCAUCAUAAGUGGUGCCGUGGUCAAGUUUAUUAUUCGCUAAUUUUCCUCUUCGCUGUAUAUUGUAAUUUACGCCCAUUCACCUAUUACAGUAAAAUAAUAUAUUUGUGCAAUAAUAAAAGGUUUAUUAAUAAA